UCACCACUCGCUUCCGUCUAAGUCUUUCGUUCUCUUUCCUCCCUUUUUCCUUUCUGUAUACAGGCUUCUUCUGCACGGCUCGGGCUCAGCGAGCUCUCCGUGGCUGUAUUAAAGACCUGCGGAUAGAAGAGCUGCUCCCCCGGGCUGUUCCUCCGUCAGUAAACACAAGUACACCAGAGAGACGGAGAGUGAGAGUGAGGGGGGCUCAGGAUGGCGACCAGACGAGUCUAAUUAGUGUAAGUCACCAAGAGACAGAAUGCAGCAGUGCCUGUCAGGUGAGCUGAACUGAGGCUGGGCACACUGAGCUGCUGCUACAGACAAGAUACUGAAGAUACUUUGUUUAUAGAGAGCUAUACUCCACUCUCUGUUCCAAGGACUACUAACUAACUAACUAACUGACUGACUGACGAACCCCAGCACUGAUCAUCAUGAGGUGCCAGGUGUUGCUGAUGGCUCUGCUGGUGGUGUGCAGCCUGGGCCUCGCAGGCUACAUCCACAACAAGAGGAAAGAGGAGCUCAAGCUGGCCAAACACGCCUCCUUCCAAAACGUCAAGAACCGGGUGACCAAGGACGUGCUGAAAGAGUACCAGAACCAAGCUGUUGAAACCAGUAACCUGCUGGACAGCACCAAGAAGCAGCUCAACGAUCUCAAGGCAGAAUUGACAGCAGCUCAAGUGGCCGCAGAUACCAAGAAGGCUGCAGCUGACACUUGUACCGGUGACCUGAAACGCAUCACAGAUGAAAUUGCUGCCAUCGACACACAGAAGGCGAACACUGAGGGUGAGUUCCAGAAGGAGAAGGCCAGCCUCCAGGAACAGAUCGCUAACCUGAAAAAGGCAUCAGAGGAACGCAGCAAAAUGUGUGACUACCUCAAAGCGGACUCAGCUGAUGGGUGGAAACUAUGUGGUAUUCCGAAUCCUCCUAAUGUUAAUCCAGAAGAAAAGAAGGAGGAGGCCAAAGUAGAGAAGAAGGAAGAGACAAAAGAAGAGAAGAAGGAGGAGGCCAAAGUAGAGAAAAAAGAAGAGGCAAAAGAAGAGAAGGCAGAUGAGAAAAAAGAGCCAGCUAAAGCAGCCUAAAACACAGAGGGAUCAACUAGAGCUCAGAAGGCACAAGACGAGGCGAACGCUGUAGUAGCACAGGUUUUAACACUAAACAAGUCAACAAGAAGGAAACAUGACUGCACCACCGACAUUAUGACAAAUGUCAACAACACUCGAGCACCCAAUGUAUCUCCUUGUUUCUGGCCAUCUGCUUAAUACAUCACCAUGCUGAAGUUUAAUAUUGGAAAUACUUCGUUUUGUUCUGUUGAUGCUCAUACAGGAGAAGACUUCUUUGUGAGAUACUACUGUGGUGUUGUUAUUUUUGUUGUUGUUAUUAUUAUUAUUUGCCACGUCACUGGUAUAGCUUUUAUGUUUCAUAAGAUAUUUACUUGCUCAAGUAUCUUGUCAAGUACCAGGUUACAUUAGAACAGUUAAUUGUUACAGUUGGUAAUAUAGUAGAAUAUCAAAUAGAAUAAAUGUUAAAUAUCACCAGACAAACUAUAAUUUAUAAGUUUGAAUGUAGAGAAUUUAUUCCAAUUAAUGAUUUUGGUCCAUUCUUCACACUAUACUCACGAUAGACUUGUGUUCCAUGUCAGAAAAUAAAAUUUGAAAAUAUAUAUAAAAAUAUAUUUAAGAAAUAUAUAAAAUUUGUUGAAACUAUAUUGAAAAUAUAUAAAAUUGAUGAAAAAAAUAUAUUUCUUUUACAUAAAUGAUCUAUUUAAGUUUGUUACACACUGUUUUUAUUUAGCUGCGAUGUUCAGCCUUUUUUUGUAUACGUGUUAACAUCUUUUUUUUCUGUGUUUUAUUACACCAAUGGGCCACAUGCUAUGGAAUAGGAACUAGUACAGUCCCCUUCAAAAGUAUUGGAACAGUGAGACCAAUCCCUUUAUUUCUGCUGUAUGGGUUUAACAUACAAAUGAAUACUAGAGUAUGAAUAUUUUGCUUGCAAUAUUUGCAUGUGGGAAGAGACCCACUGACAUUACUAAACUUUUGUGCUCUUCUUCUGUAAUACUUUUCUAGGCAGUGUGUUUUAAGUCAUUAUCUUGCUGCUUGAUGAAGGAUUUUCCAAGCAGUUUGGUUUCAUCUUUCUUUAAAUUGACAGACAAAUGUUUCUGUAGACUUGAAUUCAUUAUACAUCAAUGAAGAUCAUAAAAUAAAAGCUGAAAUGUUGAUUUUUUUGUCUCAUGUACAUCUUUUAAUGUCAAACCUAAAUGUUUUUUCGUCUACAUUGGAAAUAAGGUGCUUGUUCUCACUAUUCCAAUACGUUUUUAAAGGGACCGUUUAUCCCUUGGCUUUUUUUGCCAUGUUCCAUGUAAGGAAUACUGUGGAUUUGAUAUCAUAAUAAUGUGAUAUCAAAACUGCUUUGCAAAUUAAUCUUUGCAUGUUGUGGACUACAUUCCAUCAUGUUGCGAUACCCUGAUACACUGUUGUAGCAUUCAUAUGAAAUUCAGAGCUUCACUAGUGGCUUUGUGUAAGAGUGUGGAAUCCGGAUCCAAUGCUGUAUUGAGAGGCGUGACAGUUUGUUCUGUCAUCUGAAAAACAAACUAUUGAACUAACACCAUUUGGAAAGCAUGCCUCACCAACUGUGCUCUGGAACAGGGCCAAUUUAUGAAACACUGAUAUUUAUGGGUAUUUUUUUGUAGAAUAUUUAAGUAAAUUUGGAGGGAUCGCUCUCCAUCACUAAUAAAGCUAAUAAUCAGUGGUUAUGAUUACAAGUUUGUGGUAAUGUGUGCAGCUGUGAAGGACAGGAUUCUCUAUGUGACCGUGUGCCAUGUGUGUAUGUGUUUGUGUUCUUAUGACCCUGCCUGGGGCUCUGUGAUACACUCUGAUCCGUAUUCUAGUUUGUAUCGACCAAUUGAAAAGCUCUGACCCUCUCACUGUCACCCCUCAUCAGCCGCAGCCCAUUAGCUCAGUAGGUGUAGUCAUGACCGUGCUGAAACCAACCAA